UAUUCCCUUCUUGCCAUUCCCGCCCUCGAUGCUCUUGAAAGUACAGUAGCUCUGUUUUCCCUUUCUCUAUUUUGCUAUUAUUGAUAUCAGCUCAAUCUUUUCUAGGGUUUCCUCAAUUUCCAAGAUCAAGUAGUCAACUUCUCUGGGAUUUCUUGUGCGGAAAAGCCUCUGCCCUUUCUCCUCGCUUUCCAGUGUUCCCAGUAACUUUACCUGUGAACACAGGUUGUUUCAUGGCUGGUGAAGAAAUAUGCAAACUGAACAAACUUGUUCUGAGGCUAGUCCAUGAAGUUGAUGUGAAGAAUAAACAACUCAUAGAACUUAAGCAUAAGUAUAAUGGGGUUAACUCCGCUCAUGCACAGGCAAUGGAAGAAAAAGAAAUGAGAAAGAUGCAGUCCAUUGUACAUCACUAUUCUCUUCAGAAGGAAAAGUUAAAGUUGGAAUUAGAAUCUCUGAGAAAAGAACUUGAGCACCAAAAGGUAGAAGCUGAAAGGAUUCAGGUGCAGCUCGACUUUGAGCCAAUGGAAGCAGAAAAUAAAAUAGAAGAGGAGCAUAUUCGAGGCAUGAAAGCCUUAAGUGAAGCCAGUCAUACCGGGCUUUUGGGAGCACGACCAACUUCAGGUGGUCAAAUCUCCCCUUCAAAUUAUUUCACAUACUUCACUUGUCCGCAGGGCAUGGAUUACAGCUCUGGUGAAGCAUCAGAUGCAAGUGAUUCUGACAUAGAGGACUCGGUGGCCAAAUCUUACAUGUAUUUAAGGACAAAGGAAUUGAAAGUAAAAUUCUCAGAAAGUGUAUAUAGAUGCCCAUUCUGUGUGGGCAAGAAGAAACAAGAUUACCAGUACAAGGAUCUGCUUCAGCAUGCUAGUGGAAUCGGGGCAUCUAAUCGGAAGGCAAAACUGAAAGCGGAUCAUCAGGCACUGGAAAAAUUCUUAAAGAAUGACCUUGUUGAUUCUGCAGGUCCAUCACUGCAGCUAAUGGUUAUUGAACCUCCAAAGCAGAAAGAGGAUAAGUUUGUUUGGCCGUGGAUGGGCAUUAUUGUCAAUGUUCCGACAGAAUUCAAGGAUGGUAGAUAUGUAGCUGAGAGUGGAACAAGGCUUAAAGAGCAGCUCUCUAGAUUUAACCCUGUAAAAGUUCACGCAAUAUGGACUCAUAGAGGUCAUACAGGGAAUGCAGUUGUUGAUUUCAGCAAAGACUGGGGUGGAUUCAAGGAUGCGAUGGCAUUUGAAAAUCAUUUUGAAUCAGAACGUUUUGGUAAAAAGGAUUGGCAAAGAAAUAGACACCGUGGGUUUGACAUUUAUGGUUGGGUUGCAAGAAGUGAUGAUUAUGAAUCUUCUGGCCCCAUUGGGGAGCAUUUGCGAAAAAAUGUAGAUCUUAAAACUGUCUCCGAUUUGUCAAAUGAAGAAAAUCGUAGAACCGGUGAACUUGUAGCUAAUCUGGCAAGCGAGAUAGAGGCCAAGACCAAGCAUUUACACGAACUCGAAUGUAAGUACAAUCAGACAACUAUGUCCUUAGAUAAGAUGAUGGCUGAGAAGGAACGGUUACAGCAAGCUCAUAACAGAGAAAUUGAGAAGAUGCAGGAAGAGAACCGGAAUCAUUCACAUAGAAUUUUUAGAGAAAAUAAGAAACUGAAAUCAGAGCUGAAUUGUAAAUUGGAAGAAUUAGCUUCAAGAAAAAAGCAACUUGAUCAGUUGGCUGCUCGAAAUGUUAUUGAUCGUAGAAAGCUAGAAGAUGAGAAGAAAAAGAAUGAACUGAAAAACAACUCCCUGCAAAUGGCAACGCAACAGAAGGCUGAUGAAGAUGUUCUGUCCCUUCUUAAAAAACAGGAGGAUGAGAAAAAGGGUGCGUUCAACAAGAUAAUUCAAUUAGAGAAGCAAUUAGAUCAUAUACACAAAAUGGAACUGGAAAUCCAACAGCUUAGAAGCAAUAUACAGGUAAUGAAGCAUAUGGGUGAUGAAGAAGAUGCAGCACUGAAGAAGAAAGUGAAUGAAAUGGAUGAAGAACUGAAGGACAAAGUUGAAGAAAUGGAAGCUCUGGAGGAUCUUAAUCAAACUUUAGUUGUCAAGGAAAGACGUGCCAAUGAUGAGCUACAAGAAGCUCGCAAAGAGCUCAUCCAUAAUCUGAAGGAAAUGUCAAGCAACAGCUGUGCGCUCAUUGGAAUAAAGAGAAUGGGUGAAAUUUGUGCCAAGGCAUUUCACAUUGCAUGCAAAGAAAGAUUUCCUGGAGGCGAUGUAGAGAUUAAAACUGCAGAAUAUUGUUCAAAGUGGCAAGACGAACUAAAAAACCGAGAAUGGCAUCCUUUUAAAGUAAUAGCCGUUGAUGGGAAGCAUCAGGAAGUAAUAAAGGAGGACGAUGAGAAAUUGCAGGCACUGAAAAAUGAAUUGGGUGACGGCGUCUACGGGGCUGUGACUACAGCCUUGCUGGAGAUGAAUGAAUAUAAUCCUAGUGGCAGAUAUACUAUAUCUGAACUUUGGAAUUUUAAAGAAAGCCGCAGAGCAACAUUGAAAGAGGGCAUAGCACAUGUAAUGAGACAGUUGAAAACUCUCAAGCGUAAGCGGGUUGCUGAGAAAAGUUCAUUGCUUGAUGUGGAAAAAUUCUGGAGGAAGCUGGUACUAUACUGUUCGUGCACUUUCAAAUAUGCUAACCAUGUAGACUUCCAUUUGGCCGAAUUUGAGAUAUUCUCUGGUUUACCGAUUAACAUAGUAAAAUUCACAUACAUUAUUACUAAAUGAAGCAAGCAGAAACGUAGACUAAUUUUUGCUGGCCAAUCAGUGUGAGCUUUUUCUUCGUACUUCUUGUUAUGCUGGUUAUUUUCCUGAGAGGAAUCUUAUUGCAACUUAUGUAGUUUUGCUUAAGAAUCGCAGAUUAAUGUCGAGUUCAAUGAUAUCGAAAUCUAUUUGGUUGUAUACCAGUAUGUACUGGAAGUUACCGCCCUCCUUUGACGUUUUCGUGUUUCUGAGAAAUAGUAUGGGAAUGUUUUGAGUACUGGUUUAUUAGGAUUCUGUCCAGAACUCGAGAACUAAUUUAGAAGAAAUUGUCACAAUGUAUUGGAUGUGUAUAUUCUUCUA